AUGCUUCGAAAAUUUUUUUUUUCAUCUUUCUGUUUGUUCAUAUUGCAACUAAAAUAUAUAUUAUGUUAUGAAAUAAAAUGCUCAUCCUUGACAAGUAAUGAUAAAAUAUUAUCCUAUUGUAAGAACGAUUCAGAAUGUUUUGUGAAAAAUGUAGAUGAUAACAAUUAUUCAUUUAUUCAAUGUAAAUGCAAAAAGCAUAUAAACGAUUUUUUUUUUGCCGGUCCUGAUUGUUCAAUAAAGGUUCCUUAUCACUAUAAAGCUACGAAAAACAACGAAGUGCUUAAUACUAGUUGGAUAGAGGACUUAUUUAAUUUAAAUAUUUGGAAAAAUGAGGAAAAUAGAGUCGGUAGGAUAUGUGUUAAUCCACAAUGUAAUUAA